CUUUUCGUUGCCCUCGGCUCACUUUAGCAUCCUUCACCCUAUUCCUCAACCACUUCAUCGUCUUCUUCAUUCCCCUUUAUCGUUCCCUUCGCCUCCCUCUCAUCCAGCUGGUACACACCAGGCUUGCUCUAUCAUAAUCUCUCGCGCAGAGUUACACAAAGGAACCCUAAACAGCAGAAUGAGUAGUUCAAUUAACACAUUCUCAAUAAGCAACCCUAACCCUAGCCAGUUAUGCUCUAAGAGAGCGCCGAUAGAGGCGUUCUGUUCUUCACCUUCCUUGUAUCGGUUCGCACCUCUUCUUCGACCUCGUAGCUCCGGUGUACUCACACUUGCUGUUUCUGUCUCCGCCUAUCCGAAAGGACUUGGCCAUGGUUUGCUCCUCUCCCGUUCAAAUUCCCGGAACCGGUCGAUUUUCUCUUUUGCGGCGUCUCAUGAGGACUCGGAGUCUUCAGAAGUUGAUAUACAGGAGGAAACAAAUCGUCUGAAAGAGGGUGCUGAAGAAUCCGAAGAAGCCUGGAAGCAAACGUUAGCUUCUUUCAAAGAGCAAGCAAUAAAAAUGCUAAACAUCUCCCAAGAAGCUUAUGAAGUAUACUUAAAGAAAGCCACAGUAGUAUUAAAAGACACCUCAGAGCAACUAAAGAUCCAAGCUGAUAAAGCGAGUGCAGACUUUAGUGUAAUUGCAAAAGAACUUAGUGAAGAAGGUAAAGUUUAUCUGUCUGCAGCUGCAGAAAACUCCCCUGAACCAGUGAAGGAUAUUGUGGAAACAUUUGCUUCUUCUUCAACUGAUGACUUGAAAGAUGUCUCAAAAGUUCUUGACUUUUACGUUGGUAUCCCAUAUGGUGGGUUGCUUACUUUAACUGGUUUCCUUUCCUUUAUGAUUACUGGAAGCACUUCUGGUAUUAGAUUUGGUGUUAUUCUUGGUGGAACUCUUUUGGCUUUGGGUAUUUAUAGUCUAAGGUCAUGGAAAAAAGGGAAAUCUUCUUCUGUUGCUUUGAAAGGCCAAGCAGCCAUUGCUACAAUAUUGUUUUUAAAGGAUACAGGACUAGUGCUUUCUAGGCCAGCAUUCACCAGAUAUGUUGCACUUAUAAUCAGUGGUGCAGUGCUAGCAUUUUAUGUCUACAGAAUCAUAUACUCCCGUGGACAGUCAACCGGAGGAUCGAGUGUUGAAGCUGAAAAUUAACUCUGGUUAAAAGAAGUGGUGUUAUUAGUGGUUAUGGCCUCGUGAGAAAAGUUUGGAUUCAUCCAUGGUGAACUUGCAUUUGUAUUUGCUUGUUAAAAACUAUGAUGUUAUUAAUGGUAAAAGUUUUUAAGAAAAAUAAUGCGGCUGAGGCUUGAAAGAAAUUGUUUUUUUUUUUUAUUUAUUAUUUGAGGAAAUGAUUGCGGUUGUAGUAGGUGCUUACUGCUUAAGUUUGAGUUAAUUAUGUUUUGUCAUUGACAUUGUAUUUGAUAUUUUGUUAUCGAUGAAGAAAUGUGGGACAUAACAUCA